GCGACGCGGCCGGUCAGUCAGAGAGGCGGCCGUGGCAGCUGCGGAGGGUCGGGGUCUCUUCCCGCCCGUGUUCGGCCGAGCCUCUGCGUCUGGCGGCGGCGGGUUCCCGAGAUGCCCUGGGUCGCCCUCCUCUUGGCGGUGGGCGGGGUCGCCCUCCUCUCGGCCUUCCUCCUGCUGCUCUACCUCGCGUCGCUGGUGACCAGCCCCAAGCCUCUGGCGCUGUCCGGCGCGCACGUCGUGGUAACCGGUGGCUCCAGUGGCAUUGGAAAAAGUAUUGCCGUGGAAUGCUUCAAGCAAGGUGCUUUUAUAACACUGCUUGCAAGAAAUGAGAGUCGGCUGUUGGAGGCAAAGAAGGAAAUUGAAAAAUAUGCAGUUAAUGAUAAGCAGGUUGUACACUGCAUCUCGGUAGAUGUUUCUAAAGACUAUGCAAAUGUGGAGCGGGUCCUAAAACAAGCUCAAGAGAAGUUGGGUCCGGUCGAUAUGCUUGUAAAUAGUGCUGGGACUUCGGUUACUGGAAAAUUUGAAGAUCUCAACACCAAGAAUUUUGAGGAACUGAUGUCUGUCAACUACCUGGGUAGUGUUUACCCAACUCAUGCAGUAAUUACCACCAUGAAGGAACGAAGAAUGGGAAGGAUUGUGUUUGUGUCAUCCCAGGCUGGGCAACUUGGACUAUUUGGUUACACAGCUUAUUCUGCAACAAAGUUUGCACUUCGAGGAUUAGCGGAAGCUUUGCAAAUGGAGGUAAAGCCCUAUAAUGUCUAUAUCACAGUUGCCUAUCCUCCGGAUACAGACACACCUGGCUUCGCAGAAGAAAGUAAGACAAAGCUUUUAGAGACCAGGCUUAUUUCAGAAGCAUCACCUGUCUGCAAACCUGAUCAUGUUGCUAGAAUCAUCGUUAAAGAUGCCACACAAGGAAAAUUCGGGAGUUCUGUUGGUACUGAUGGCCACAUGUUGAACGUCAUAACUACUGGAAUGUCGCCAAUGACUUCUCUUGGUGAAGCUCUAGAAGCGAUAAUUUGUACAGGUUUUUUCCGCCUCCUUAGCCACUACUAUACAGCAAGCUUUGACAACAUAGUUCGCCGCUGCAUGAUACAAAAGGAGAAAUCUGAAAAAAUGGACUGAACGUGAGCACUGCUUAAACAAGUUAAUUUGCUGCUAAAUGGGACUCCCUUUCUGGCCUGAAUAAGGCUCAUAUGAAUAGACGGUGUGCAUGACAGGAGGUGUGGUCCCCUGUGGUGAAGGAAGGAAAUAAAUGUACAGCACUAGAAAAUGAGGUUAUGCAGAAGCGCUAAUGAAGAAGACUGCACACACACACACACACACCCGUGCUUUGAACUAAUAAGCAGAUUGUUGCCUUAGAAAUGAGCCUUUUGAAGGGGCAGAACUUCAGUGGCCUCUUUGCUAUCAGCUUUGGAUCAUUAUUAAUUUACCCCUUUGUUAGCAGUGGGGAAGGAUUGAUUCAGUGACCUAUAUCUUAAUCUAAGGGCUGGUUCUGAUGCGUUUUGUGACUUCCCACACACAAGUGUCCCACCUCAGAUUUCAUAAGGAGGGGGUGAUGUACUUACCAUUGAAAUGAAUCAUGUGAUUGCUGCUUGGGACGUAGCCUCCUUAUGUGAAUUGUGGUUGGUCAACUUACAGGGGAAGUAGCCAAGUGUGAGUUUCAGAGUUGGCAGAAAAAAUGGUAAUCCGAGUGUGUGGCUUUGAUGCAGGAGGGAUUUUUAAGUGAGCACUGCUCCCCUCGAAAUCCGAGGUGUUACAAAAAUUGAGUGAAAGGACAUCACCGUUUCAGAGAAUAAAUAUUUGAAAUGCCCUUAAGAAUGCAGCCCUGGAGAUUAAUUUGGGUUUCCUCCUACCCAGUCUUUAGGGUGUUGUCUAACACUGGAUAUCUUGACUAACCUUUCCCACUCCUGAUGGUAUACAGUAACUUUUGUGAAGUAUUCCCCAUAUUGUAUUAACCAAGCACUAUAUUAUGUAAUAUAUGGAAAUCCUUGAUGGCAGAACUGUACCUGCAUGAUCCUAAGUUCUCAGUGUAGGAGUAAUGAAGUAUGCUUUUAGCAAUUGUGUAUCUUAAAGGGAAAUGAAGGAACUUUUUCUUCACUGAGCAAUAUUAGGAGAAUAUUUCUGUCCAUGACAAAGGAAAUCCAGUUUAAGCAGUUAGAAUUAGAAGUGUUUUGUAUAUGUCUUCAUUAUGUGUAACUUCAUGUUUGUCUCUGUCGGCUGUGUAAGAGAGGUGGCUUUUAUGCUGCUGUAAUUCAGACUUUAGAAAUGCGAACGAGCCAGUCAAAUACUAGAUUUUACUACAGUUAAAUGUAGCUCAAGGAAGUGCUAGGGUCCUUCUUUGGUGGCAGAGUAACUUUCAAGACGGUCCUUACUGUGUUACUCCCCAGAUGUCAGUUCGCUUACUGCAUACAAUCUGGGUUCAGAAGAAGCCAGCACCAGUAGCAUUUACUUACCUUCUAUAUGAAUGAAGACUGGUUCCUGUUUAGGUCCAGAUUUCAUAUCCCCUCAGUGCCCAGUUCCUAAUGAAAAUUCUUGCUAUACCCUGACAUUAUUUAAGUGCCUAAGAUUAAUCUUUCUCGCAACAGCCUCAACUUUUACAUUUAUUUAGUAGGAAUACACAAAAAAAUAGAAGUAGUUGAAUUCUAUUUUUUUUUACAUGUCCUCCAUAGAUCAUCUUUUGGGGCCAGAUCAUUCCCACCAAGUUCAACUUAAUUAGCAAGUCUUCCAAAUAUUAAUAGAUGUUUAGAUUCUUAUAGUUUUACACCGUUAACCAGAGAGAUGCUGAGUGGCCAUAUUCACUUCUGGGUUCUUGUGCACAGGUCUUGGGUUUUCUAAAUGCUGUGUAAGCGAACCUGUAUAUUGCCAACCUUAACUAUGCGCUUGAGCUGUUCUGGCACUUUGAGGGACUCUGUCCAGAGGACUGUGUAAUUGGCCUUGGUGACUUCUGCUAGCUUUCAUGUUAAGGGGACAGACACUGGAAGUUAGCAAGUUAAUUUGCAGUUGCCUUGGAAAUCAGCAGCUUUGCAUGUGCUCCUUAGAACAUCUUUAUGGGAAGCAUUGAAGCAGAGUUUGCUGUCCUCUGCUACAUUGAACUUUGUUCAUGCAUGUACUGGGAAUGAUUUUUUUUUUACAGCUCCAGACUAUUCUGAUUGGCUAGCAGGUUAACUGGGUCAGAUUCUGAAAUACUUUAAAGCAAGUGAGAAGUGCCAGAUACUUUAAGGGGCCACUCAGACAUCUGCUUUUCACCACUCCUGACGGUUAGCUGCUUUGCAUGUUUAAUUUUAAUGGGAGAAAGCAAAGGAUAUUGAGCUCUCAUGCUGAAAUCGACAGGACUUAAGCAUGCCUGUCUGACCAGAUCACAUCGUUGGUUGUUUUCUUUGCUUGUCACAUGUCCAGGUUUGCUUCAGCUCUAAAUGCUAAACUUAGUCUGUUAUUUAGAGUUUUGGAUCAUGUUCAGAUUUAAUAGUGUGCUAAAGAAAAAAGAAGGAAAUGAGUAAUUAUCCUAAAAUUGUUGACUGUGAAACAUUAGGCACUUUUGAGUGUUAAUACUGAACAUGGCUAAAACCCACAUUCCAUUUAUGGUUGUUGCUUAACAAAGUACU